CGGCGAGCGGCAGGGGCGGGGCGAGCGGGCGGACGCCCAGUUCCCGGUAACCGCGGGAGGAGUGGGGCCGCCGCCGCCGCCGCCCCAAGCCGUUCCCUCCCGCAGAGCCAUGGAGCAGCCCCGGCGCAUCACCGAUUCCUUCCCGCGGCGGCGGCGGCGGCAAGCGGGGCGAAUCCCGGGCAGGGACAAGGGCAAGGUCAAGAGCUGGCCACGACCCCGGCCCCGGGACCCCCCGCCCGCCGAGGAGACCCCGCCGCCCCCACCGGACCCGGCCCUCCUGGAGAUGCUGCGGCGCUUUGACCUCGCUUGGGAGUACGGGCCCUGCACCGGUAUCACCCGCCUGCAGCGGUGGGAGCGGGCGCAGGCGUUGGGGCUGAGCCCCCCAAGCCCCGUACGCGACGCCCUCCUGGAGCACCAGGACAACCCCGAUGUCACCUACAGCCUCUGGCACAAGUAUGCCCUCUGAGCCGCUGCGCCCCACGCCGGAGGGAGGAGAUGCAGGGGGGCCUCUGCUCACUGUCCCCCCCAGGCCUGUCCGCAGCCAUGCCGCAGCCUGGGAACACUGGGCAGAUUAAAGGCUGGUGUGAGUGAA